AUGGCUGCCGUUCGAAUGCGUGCAAAACUAACUCGUCUUUUACCAUAUUUUCUCGGCAAGAAGGAUUAUUGUGUUUCCGCAAAUACCAAGCCUUAUGUUUAUCAUCCUCAAAGUCGUACUUUGGAGCCGGAAAAUCAAACACUUUACCUCACAAAGACCUUAGAAAUGGGGGACAUUUCAACUUGCUUGCAAAGUUCUCAUUUAGAUCUCUCAACGAGGGAAGACAUGAUGUCAAAAUUCAGACAAAAUGUGAUUCAGGCAAGGCUGAUUAAUCAUGAAGGUGACCAUGCAACUAGAGAUAUGAAUGCUUUACCUUUGAUGCAGAAUAUGUUAAGGGUAAUGUGGAGUUAUUCUGGCAGGUGAGAAAGCAUAUGGUAUAGACACAUACCGGCCACUUAAAUGUAUUUGCAUCUCGCUGAAUAAUAAAAGACAGUAUCGUGUUUUUACCUCGUUCUUUUAAGUGUUCCAACGAGUGCCGGGUAUUCUGAAGUUGUUCCCAUUAAACUGAUGUAAGAAAUUUGAGACCGAAGAAGAAUUCAGACUAUAACAUGCUACACUGCAUACUUUAGAAGUAGCUGGUGUUUGUAAACAUGGUUUUCGUUAUUUAAAUUGGCUUACCAUUGAAGCAAAAAGAACCAAGAAAAAAGUAGCCUGGCAGAAAAAAGUAACAUCCAUACCACAGGUGAUGUAAUGUUAACUAUCAGAUAUACAUUUUUUAUUGUUUAUUGUUUAACCAUCACUAAAAGCAUAUAUGUUGUAGUUAAUUUUUUAUCUCAGGUAAUUUUUGUUUUUCCUUUGUUUCCAUGAACAAAAGAAAAGCAAAAAUUACCUGUGAUAAAAAAUUAACUACAACAUAUAUACUGUAUUGACAGAUGUAGAUUUUAAAAGUUAGUGUAGUCUCACCCCAGAACAGCAAUAAUUUAUUGGAAAAUCAUCAUGACACUUGACCUUUUUAUUACCUCAGUUUCCCAAGACUCUUGGAAACAUCGCUGACAUACAAGCCCCGUGUAAGCAUAUUAUACAAAAGAGGUGACACUGACCUGUUGAUUUCUGGAAAUCCUGGUUUUCUGUUAUCAUCGAAGCAUCAACUGAAACAAGUUGAAGACACCGCAGAAGUGAAGAGAACUGAACAAGUACCUCUGGAGAAACCAGAGAUAAUUUCUCCAGUGUUUAAUCUCAACAAGGCAAGAACAACACAAAAGCUGGAUACUGGGUUCUAUGAAGGUGCUCCCUUUCCAUAUCCACAUAUGCUUUUUAUUGUCAGUACAAACAGAAAGUGGACUACUAGUGACUUGGUGGCGCAAGGUGAGGAGGCCACAUUACAUCCUGUAUGAUUAGAGAGCUUAAGAUUUGAGGAAAACAACAACUAUGAGUACAAGAUUUUCUCAAUACUGAGUAUUGCUGGUGCUUGAACCAGCGUCAUUUUGGCAGGAAAACAUGACGGCCAUGAUCAUUCUGCCACAAAAUUUAGUGUGAAUGUCGUAGUGGCGGAAACGAGUUAUCAAAUGUUAGAAGUUUUAUCAUUUUGCGAUUGGGAGAGGGCUUACCUUGUAACUUCCUUUAAUAAAGAUAACAGCGCUAACUUUUCUGGUGAAUCAAAAGUACUAUGAAGCCUUCUGGAGUGUAUAUUAUUUUUUGAGAAUACGCAAUAAAACUUUCAGUCAAAUCUCGUACUCGUAGUCGAUGUCAAUACAUCAUCUAAAGAAAAGCUUAUUAGAAUUAACAUUGAUCUCCUGAGGGAAAUACUUUGAUCUUUUAUUCAAUUGUUUCAACUAAAUCUUAAGGAAAUGGAUGGAGAUUAGUUUGGAGAGUUUGUAUCUAGACUUGAAGGGUUGAAGCCUUUUUCCAUGUACCUCAUCAAAAUCUGGUUUUUCAAUGAAUAAUGUCACCAUUGCAAACUUGUGAAUUAUUAACUCAUGAAAAGGUAAACUGACCUAGACUGGGGUAUUCUUGAAAGUAUGUCAUUUUAAUUAAUUGACUUGUAGCAAAUCACAGUUCAGGGGAUAAAAUUUUACAGGAGUAAUACCUGAAUGGGGGUAAGGGGAAGGUAAAAUAAUAUUUUGACUGCCUUCAUUUAUGUUCCCUCUUUAGAGCUCAAUAUUUUAGAGCUUUUCCUCAAAAAUACCACAUUGUAAAUCUACCUUUCAAAAUUAAGAUACUCUGUCACUCUAUAAUGAUAUAGGUACUAGUCAAACUGAGCUUUAAAUUCCUGCUGAAAAUUGCCUGUAAAAUAGCAACAUUUACUUGUAUGUUAAUGAAUGUUUAGGUGGCUGAUUUAUUUGGUUAAUUUUAUCACCAUCUUUUAUAACACUGUAGCCAAUAUUGAUUAACAUCACUUUCAUCAUUUAAGCAAUAGAAAACGUUUUCUGUGUUUGCAUAGCCUGAUAUAAACACGAGAGGGGUUGGGAGAAUUCGAGACAGUUAUGCAAACCCGAGACGAAGUGGAGGGUUUGCAUAACCGUCGAGAAUUCUCCCAACGCCUCGAGUGUUUAUAUCAGGCUAUGCAAACACAGGAAAAAGUUUUCUAUUGCUUUUAUAAAAUAACUUUCACGAGAAAAAACGCAAAACUUUAUGUAUGGCACUGAUUAAAAGAGAAAUUCUUACCAGUCGCAAAAUCUUGUCCACGAAGUCUUGCAUGUGUAAUCAGUUCUUGUUUUGCAAAAAGAUGCUUUGCAAAAUACGGAUUUUUCUCGCUCAAAAUGCCGGCUUAAGCAAAGAAAAAUUGACUCACCUUCUUUGUAACGAUUUUCCAUGUUUCAGCCGACAAAGGAAUGGGUAAAUAAAGUAAACUUGUCGCGUUUUGAACUGGAAAACUUUUUCAAAUUUGUGCUUGCGUGAUUAGCACGCGAAAAGCCAAACGACUUGACGCCACAACCAUGUUUACAUACUCUCAUGCAAACACUUCUCUCGGCCAAUCAGAGCGCGCGUACUAUCUUAGUUAUUUUAUAAUUAUUAAUAUUAUUACCACGUUUAACCUACAGGUGUUAUGUUUACCUUUGGACGGCUUGCAGCAGAAGCUUUAAACAAUGGAGCAUCACUUGGAGACACUUUAGAAAAGCCCCUAACCGCACAGUGUAUUGCAAGUGAUGGAAUCAGACUGUCAUUCCUAUCUUAUCAACUGAAUACGUUAGACUUUGUUUCUGACAGCGGCAUCAAAAAUAUGGUGUGGAUAAGUCCAGGGCUUUUCAUGUACAACAAGGCAGUUAUUCAUGAAACUCCUGGCACCAGAAAAAAAGAUCCACCAACUUACGAGAUUGAAUUACAUGGAUUUAAUGAGGAAUGCUUUGAAAUAUUUGUGAGAAUGAUUCUUAAUGGUUAAUAAAAGGAAAAAAAAUCAAUUAAUUUUUUAUGUGAAAACAGUGUAAUUAAUCAGUUCACAUUAAAUCUGAGAGAAAAUUGUAAUAAUUAACCUUUGUGAUGCUUUUG